AUGCAGGCGGCUCUACUCAACUACUGGAAAGAAAGGGACGCUGAAAGGCGUGCCCAAAUUCAAGCCCUCACACCUCAGUCAACCCAGGACAAGGAAAAUGUAGAUGGUAUUACAUCGUUUUGCUCGCACGUUGGGACAGUGCUAAAAAAACUUACUCCUGCUUUAAGAGUAGAAGCGAAAACUAAAGUAUUCAAUAUUUUAGCCGACUAUGAAUUAAGGAGCCUAAACAAACAUACUAGUGUUAGUGGUCUUAGUACUUCCUCAAGCAGUCCCCCUUUUGAUGAAAAUUCUUCAUCAAACCCUUAUUCUCCGAUAACUUCCGUCGCAUCACCGAUCAGUCCACUCUGUGGACCUACUGACUUAAGUAUUCCAAAUACAAUUAAACAAGCGAUUACCGACGAACAGCUGACGAGAAUAUUAGAAGAAAGUGAUUAUGAAGAAGAAAUUCUGUCAAAUUCAUCGGAUAGUGUGAAAAAUUUGUAUGAUGACGACAAUGUGGCAGAUCCAGAUUUUUUUCCAAGUGAGUCUCAGUUUAGAACACAGGCAAGUUAUGUACCUGCACUAUCGAAUUCAGAUUCCAGCGAUAGUGCUACUAGCGUUGCAAUAAACACAUCUGUUCGAACUCCGAGAAAUUCUGCUCCAAGAAUUUCUUUUUCAAGACCGACUACAGAUUACGACAUGAAACGACAUGACGAGAAUGAAGGUUGGUUCUAUGACAUCCAGCCAUUGCAUCGUGAAGAUUUUACUAGUGAAAGCUUUUUACAUAUUGACCAAAUUCCUGAAAAUGUCGAUGUCUUUACGAUAUUUCGCUUAUUGGUUGAUGAUGAAAUCCUGGACUUGAUGGUACAACAGACAAACUUGUACGCUGAGCAAUCUAUUGCUGCUACUCCUGGUGGUCGUUUGACUCGCUGGAAACCUGUUACCAGGGAAGAUAUAGAGAAAUUUAUGGGCAUUUACUUAGUGACUGGUAUAAUUAGAUUUCCAUCAUUAGAAAGUUACUGGAAACGAGACCUUAUUUAUUAUCAUCCGCUGAUGCACACGAUGAAAAUGUCAUACAAUCGUUUUGUUUCAAUAUUGCGUUGCUGGCAUUUUGUAGACAAUACGGCGGAAAGAAAUGAUCGUUUGUACAAGGUCAAACCAGUUAUAGACAUUGUAAUGAGAAACUGUAGAAAACUACUUACGCCAAAAGAUGUCAUUGUCGUGGAUGAGUCGAUAGUCCCUUUUCAAGGGCGAAUACUGUUUCGCCAGUAUAACCCAAAUAAAACCCACAAGUACGGCCUAAAGAUUUACAAGGCCACAACUGAUGAUGGGUAUGUUUGGAAAUACAAAGUGUACACUGGCCAGGAUCCCCAAAUUUCUAAUCUGGAUAAACCUGGAAGCGUCGUCGUUGAGCUGUAUGAAGAGCUUUUGUGCCAAGGGAGAAUGGUUAUAGCAGAUAAUUGGUAUACAAGUAUACCAUUAGCUGAAUACUUGCUCAGUCGCAAGACAAAUCUUUGUGGCACUUUGCGAAAAAACCGCAAACAUCUGCCGUUAUUAGUCAAGAAAAGAAGCUCAAAAGUGGACAGCAUAUCGCCGCUCAGCGGAAUAAUAUAA